AUCUGUAUGUCCACGUUGAGGUUCAUACGUAUACCUGUUCACCUGUUGUGUUCGAUCGAUCUAUUCUGCUCCUCCCCUCUUUUUCAGAACUCCCUUUAAAACAUUCAUUAUAUAUAUAUCAAUCACUCCAACAACCCCUUUACCUCAUCCAAUAUUGUUUUCCUCUUUGCACAAAAAAGAAAAAGGGUCAUGUUGGCAAUGGAAGAACUACUGUGUGAACUUAGUGAUCAUGAAAGGAGAAACGAGCAAGGUCUGCCACCGGGUUUCAGGUUUCACCCCACUGAUGAAGAACUUGUAACCUUUUACUUGGCUUCAAAGGUCUUUAAUGGCACCUUCUCUAACGUCAAGUUUGCUGAGGUUGACCUCAAUAGAUGUGAGCCUUGGGAACUUCCAGAUGUGGCAAAGAUGGGGGAGAGAGAGUGGUAUCUGUUCAGCUUGAGGGACAGAAAAUACCCAACUGGGCUAAGAACAAACAGAGCAACCGGAGCUGGGUACUGGAAAGCCACUGGGAAGGACAAGGAAGUGUACAGUGCAUCCAGUGGAACCCUACUUGGAAUGAAGAAGACCCUUGUUUUCUACAAAGGCAGGGCCCCUCGUGGUGAAAAGACCAAAUGGGUCAUGCACGAGUACCGUUUGGUUUUGGAUGCUCACUUUUCCCUUCCCCACACUCACCCCUCUAAGGAGGAGUGGGUUAUAUGCAGGAUAUUUCAUAAAUCUGGGGAAAAGAGAAGUCCAGUGCUCCAAGUCCAUGGACAUUCAGAUGCUUCUUCGUCCCCAAGAGAAAGUGCUUUACCUCCAUUACUUGCAAGCCCAAGUUGCUUUACAUUUGAUCCAGAAUCUCAAUCCCAAAGUUCAUCUCAUUCUCAGCGAGACUUCCAAAGCCCGGUUCUGAUUCACCACCAAGACCAAAAUGGCCACUCUCAUAACCCUCGUCUUUUCCCAUUAGAAAUCACCAACGCCAGAAACCACCCAUCAUCAUUUUCGGACCUAUUCUUCAAGCCCCUCCAGCAGAAUUGCACCCUGAAGACCAACGAACAAACUAUUCUUCCAAAAGUAACCAAAACGGAGGACGCUACAUUCUAUGAUCAAUAUCAUCAAUUACUAGAUGACCAUAAUAACAUGCACUGGGUGAACAAGUUGAAUCAAAAUCCAAGCAAUUUACUCAACACUUUCCCUUUUGAGGUGGAUGCUGGCUUGAUGGCAUUCUCAGGAGCUGCAAAUGCUCAAGUUAGGGACAUAUCCACUUCAACACCCUUUAAUAGGGUAGGCUUGCAGCAGACGCUAGAUUCUUGGCCUCUGGCCCAGCAUGUUUGAAAUAUGUGUGUGUGUGUAUAUAUGUAAUAAUUACUGUUCUAUAAACAGACCCCUAUUAAUGUGUUUGAACUCUACAUAGCAUAUGAUUAAUUAAA